AUGCCAUGCGACAGGCUUUGGCAGCGCGAUCUACUGGCAACUGAACUCGAGGAUGUGCUCGAGGGGAGGCUUGAGCACUGGCGCAACCAGCCGCGGGAGGCGGCUCAGCUUUGGCGGGCCUUGGCGCAGCAGAACCCGCGCCGUGCCCUCGCUGUGCUGGAGUUCUGCACGGCCCGGGGGGUCCAGGCGCCCGAUGUCAUCUCCUUCAACAUGGCCAUCCGUGCGGCGCAGGGGCAGUGGCAGUGUGCUUUGGAGUUCCUCCAUCAGCUCAAGUCCAACCUCGUGCAAAGCUCCCAAGUGACCCUCAACACCGUCAUCACCGCUCUGGAACGCGGCCGCUGGCAGAGGAGCCUGCUCCAUGUGGCUGAGAGCAGAACCAGCUCCUUAGGGCCGGAUACGGUGACCUGGAACAGCCUGGCCUCCGCCGCGGCGCGGGCGACCCGCUGGCCCCAGAGCCUCGCCUUCGCCUUCCAGGAUGCCGACAUCUUUGGCUUCAACACCGCCUUGAGUGCCUUGCAGAAAGCUUCCAUGUGGGCGUCUACACAGGGACUGUUGUCAACAAUGCGUUCGGCCGGCGUCGAGCCGGACGGCUUCAGCACGAGCACGGGUCUGGCGGCGCUCCCAGCGGGCAGCUGGCGCUUGGCGCUCCGAUGGACGGAGGCAGCGAGCGACGUGGUGGCUCAGAGUGCCGCCAUAGCAGCCUGUGAAGCUCGAUGGGACGUGGCCCUGCAAGUCUUUGGAGAGAUGCGCGGCGCCCGCCUGGAUCUGGUCGCCCACAACUCCGCCAUCGCCGCCUCGGGGCGGCAGAGGUGGCAGGCGCCGCUGGAAAUGCUACGAGACUUGGAGGAUGCCGCACUUCAAGCGGACAUCUAUAGCUUUGGUGCUGUCAUCGCCUCAGUCGCAGAUGCGGGUUGCUGGCAGCUGGCGCUGUGGCUGCUGGCGAGGACUGGCCCCAGCACCAUUUGCCUCAACGCAGCGGUUAGCGCUUGCGAGAAGGCGGGGCAGUGGCAGUGGGCGCUGGAGCUGGUUUCGUCGAAAGCCUCUUUGCGAGACACCACAACCUUUAACGCCGCCGUAAGCAGCUGUGGCCGAGGGAGCAAUUGGCAGAUGGCGCUAGAACUUCUGCGUGUCAUGAAGCAGGAGCAUCUGCAGCAGGAUGUGAUCUCCUAUCACGCGGCCAUCGCCGCAUGCGACCGCGGCGGGCGUUGGCAAGAGGCCUUGGCCGUGUUGGCGGUGAUGUUCCUCUCAGGUCUUGUGCCCGGCAUCAUCGGCUACAAUGCCGCCAUCAGUGCAUGCGCGCAGAGCGCGCGAUGGCAGCACGCUGUAGCUCUGAUGUCCCUGGCCAGUGAGAACGCUGCGGUGGACGUGGUCACCUGGAACACCGUGAUCGCGGCCUGCCCCGAGCACCGUGUGCUGCCGCUCCUCGAGGAAAUGAUCGGCUCGCAGAUCCGGGUGGAUCUGAUUACGUACAACUCUGCAAUCAAUGCAUGCGGUCAUUGGGAGACUGCGCUGGCUUUGCUUCAGCAGAUGAUUUCACAAGACUUCCAACCGGACAUCUUCACUUGCAACUCAAUGCUCAAGAUCGCUGCGAAGGGUCAUUGGCCAGCCGUGCUGGCGCUCUUUCAGCAAAUGAAAUUGGCAGGCGUCGACGAGACAGCUGUGACCGAUGAGAUCAUGCUCAGCGCCUUGCAAGGGCCUCGGGCUCGAGACACUGAGAUCUUUGAGUUGCCAGAUCCUUUGCUCGUCCAGCCCCGAGUGCCUUCGGCUUUCGUGGCGGAGGAGGCGGGAUCGCUGCGGCAUCUGGGGGAGCUCGCGGGCAUGAAAGGCGCCGAUCCGCUGAACGAUUUGACUCUCCGCGCCCGGGGUUGA